AUGAAUCCAAAUUAUAAUUUAAGAUUAUUAAAAAAUGAUAGAUGUGAUAACGUCUUACUUCUUAUUAUUUUUAUAUGUGGAUUUGUACUUGGUUUAUUGUUUAAGUUUUUAAAUAUUAUCAAAAAGAAAUUUGUUAAAAUAAAAGAAGUUUACGCAAACUUAGAUUUAAAUUGUGAUUGCAAGAUGGUUUUUUGUGUUAGAACAGAUAUAAAAAUGAAUAAAGGGAAAAUAUGUUCUCAAUGUUGUCAUGCAUGCUUAUCAGUUUAUGAAAAAAUUUUAAAAAGAAAUAAUCAACUUCAAAAAAAAAAAUUAAACAAAAAAAAUUGUCCCAGUUAUUUCGACAUAUGGAAAAGAACAGGACAAAAAAAAAUUGUUCUUAAAAUAUCAAGUUUAGAAGAAAUGCAUGAAAUAGAAAAAAAGGCUCAUAUGGAAAACUUGCUAACAUCUAUAAUCAUUGAUGCGGGAAGAACUCAAAUAGAUCCAAAUACACCAACAGUUCUUGCUAUUGAACCAGUUCCUGAUGAAAUAGUCAAUAAAAUAACAGGACAAUUAAAGCUUUUAUAG